UGGUUCGUAGAGCAACAGUACUAGCAUUAUACCUGAAUUAUACAACAGCAACAACAACCCAAAGUGCAACCCAAGAGCCUUGACGAACGGCCUCUGAAAGGCUGCCGCCAGCAACAAGUCUGAGUACGCUUCUGCCACACCUAAUGGCCAGCAAUAUAAACGCCAGCGGCAAUCCGCUUAGCGCGCUAGAUGCUUUGCCCAAGCAGUUCGUCAUGUCCAUGAAGAAGCUAUUCGAUAUAUUGGACGACAAGCAGAGCGGCUACGUUAGAUAUGCGGAUAUAGAACGUGGCUGGCAGGAUGAUGGCUCCAAAGGAUUGCCACAAGGUGUGCUGGACUCGCUGCGUCGCGUAACGCCACCAAGCGGACUUUUGUCCUUUGAGCGUUUCUGUGCAGGACUUAAGCUGUGUCUGCUGCGCAAUCAACAGCAGGACUUGCAGCAAGGCAAACAACAGUUUGAGCAUCGUGGAUCAGCCGAUGGCGGCUCGUCCUCCACCUCAGCCACAGAUUAUGCGCUCAGUGGUUUGACCUUGGCGCUGCCGCCCAAGAAAUCCAAUAGCAAGCGACGUGAAUCCCGUCGUCAUACACUACAACAUGGCAUUGAUUACAAUAUGCUGAAGCGUCUCAAGCAUCUGGAGGAGCAGCGGGAGUUGUUGCUCUUUGGCCUUGAUGGCGUGGAGAAGGCACGCGACUUUUUUAUGCAACAAGUGCUCAAUGUGCAAGAACAGAUAAAGUACUUUGGGCGUCUAGGGGCACGAUACGAGCAAUGGACAGAGUUACAACAGGAGCGCCUAAACUACCAGCGUGCGCGUGUGCUGGAAGCAAAUCGCAGUUUGGCCAUCUUAACAGAUACAUGGGAGCAUGGUGGUUAUCCGCUACACAUCAAUUUAGCAUUACCACGCAAGCCAAUGCAGCAUUUGAACUAUAAAGAUGAAGCGGAUCUGUUAGCUUGUGAGAAGCAAGCACUUGUAACGGAGUUCUACGAGCAGCAGCAACAGCAGCAUAUGCCAUUUCGCACUUUGCACAACACACGCAACAUGUCCGAGUUUGUGCUCAGUCAGCCAUCACCGGUGAGCCAAUCCUCUGCUGGGCUGGGCGAUGCAGAUGUGGUCUAUUAAGGAAACGUAUUGAUCACUUUGUAAAUAUUUUAUUAAAGAAUGCAACAAAUAUAUUAUGUACUAAGCCGCACUAC